CUUCCGUCUAUGCGACCGAUUGGACACUACCAGGUGCUCAGGCCAUUCGAGUGUGCUAUAAAGAAUUGCGUCCACGCUCCAGCGAUGUGCCAGAACAAAUCAAGCAGACUAGAAAACUGAUAAGACACCUGACUCGUGAAGUCAAGAUAUGGAAGGAUCUGCGGCACCCCAAUAUCCUCGAGUUCAUUGGAUAUGCCAUCGUAGGCGAACGCUCCGACAUAAAGGGUAUUUUGGUGUCGAGGUGGUGCGCCAAUGGGAAUCUCAUGCAGUACUUAAGAGCACAUCCGGACUCGAGUAGGACUGUCUUGGUUUACGGCAUGGCAAAUGGAUUACACUAUCUUCACAGCCAAAAACCUGCGAUCAUUCACGGUGAUCUGAAGCCAGAAAAUGUCUUGAUAAGUGAUCAAGGCGAAGCACAGCUUUGUGAUUUUGGCCUAUCCCGUGCGUUGAAUGAAUUGUCUACUGGUGCUCAGACGACAUCGACUAUGCUUGGGUACACGAUACGGUACUCUUCAUAUGAAGUUAUCAUUGAGGAGAUGAAGACUGUGUUCAGCGAUGUCUAUGCCUUUGGGUGCACAUCUAUACAGGUAUUGUUCGAUAAACACCCUUUCUCCGGCAUAAAAAAUGACAUCAGGCGCAUUCUUUCUCAGUGCUGUGAACCAGAUCACGAUAAACGCCCAUCAAUUAGCAGCGUCCUCCAAGACCUUGAUCGGGCCCGGAGCAUGACUGUUUACAGUCCCUUACACGGUGACCGACCAGGCAUCCCUUCGUCUUCGGACGAGGUGGUCCUUCCCCCAACCAUUGCCAUUCGUGUUUCAAACGGGGCGGCUUCCCCAUCCACAAUAUCUUCCGCUGCUGCGACAGGCUGGAAUAUGCCUGACGCCUCCGAUCAUCCUGGCAGUCCCGCCGUGUCUCCCGAGCUGCGGACGAGCUUAAUGUGCCAAGCACUAGGUUUGUCAGAUGCAUAUACGUUGGCGCUGUGGUUCAGUGGGGUUAUAGGAAUUGAUUCUAGUGUGGUGACCGACCCAUACGUUUCUUUGGAAGGCCUUGUGCCUUUCAUGCCGGCUGGGAUCCCUAGUCCCUAUGACAGCUACUCGGCUUUCCAGAUGCUUGUCGAAUGGGGACUGGAUCCCCAAGUGGCUGCGGCAAUGGUGACCCAAAGCUUGGAGGAAUCAGAGGAUCUCAUCAUCUACUGCUUUUCGCGGGUAUCAAAGAUGCAGUACAUUUAUGAUUGCACCUCGGUCGAUAUAGCGCAUUCGCUCAUCACUAAAAGUCCGCACGGGUGUGUUACCAGCGCUAUCAUAGCGUUAAGGGGUAUAGUUGACCAUUCGCGCACGUCCAAUUCCCAUGAUGUUUAUUUCAACGAGGCGCAGAAUGAGCUUAAUUCAGUAGUUAAGAGUGGCCGUUCCUUGACUGAGGCGGAGGCCAUUGCGGCACUUUAUUUGGUCUCCUAUUGGCUGUUCCAAGGUGGCUGGCAAAGCGGGAAAGGCGGAGGUUCAGGCUGGCUCGAAGUCCUCAACGUGGCGUGCGUUUGGUAUGUGAGACAUAGUGGUAUCUUGAAUGGCGGUCCAGAGCCACUGAAGACGAUAUACAAGUUGAGCCCAGAAGGUCGUUUUGCUGCCCGAAUGAUCAUGUGGAUGGACAUUUUCUCGGGAAUAACUCUUCUUCGCCACCACGAUUUUCUUCCUUCUAUCGUCAACUUGGAGCAUAACAGGUACCACGAUGAGCGCACCACAAUGGAGACUCACGAUCGUGAAUUUGCAUGCAGCAGUUUUAUUCUUCGCUCGUACAUGCUUCGGACACGACUCCUCUCGAUCGAUUGCUCGACUCAGCCAGUUUCGGCGCUUUUCACUGAGCUCUCGAUGGAGUCGUCCUCGUCUGCAUACCCUUUCACCUAUGGCACUCCCAACAUGCCGGACAAGUAUUCUACUUCCGAAAUCUUCCGCCAGGCUGCACUCUUAUACUUGAGCACGGUUACUUCUGGAUACUCUCCCUCUCUGCGGCACACUCAAGACACCAUCGUGGCACUGAAGAUCGCAGUGGAAGCUGUGCCACUCGACAUGGUAAACAGGGUCGACAGAAGCUUAGUAUUUCCGAUUUUCCUGGCUGGAUGCAUGACGGAUGAUUUAAACUUACGUGCGUUCUUCGGUGGACGACUGAGAAGCUUAGGUGACGCAGUGGGGAACCACAUCACCGCGCUCCAGUUGAUGGAAGCUGUUUGGUGUAUGAGGGAUUCAACGGGUGAGGCUGUGGCUUGGAGGGAUGUGAUGAACGAUAUGAAGUUUGAAUUAUUGAUGGUUUGAUGGCACCCCAGGUGUGCGUCAUAAUGGUUCAAGUGUCCUCACAAAUGUUGCUUCGACAUGGCUUGUUUCUUUUCCUGGUUAGCUGAGAGAACAAUUCGAUCCCUGCUUGUUUCCUGGCUCAAUUCGUGCACUCCUGCUUUUCACCCCUUCUCACUUGCCACCCGGAUCCUGUGUCUUCCGCUUUGCUGUCAUAUUGCUUUCUUUUAUUUUUCUUUAGUGGAAUCUGGGAUUGCCCUAAAUGGUAAUCAACCUAUUGCCGCAUUCCAAUUCUUGGUGACCUCGCCUUGUAUUUCUCUCCAGUUGUGGAGUGAGCCAACAUAUAUAUACUGACAGCCUG